AUGUACACGUCUUUUCGCUCAUGGUUAAACAUGAGAUACUAUUUAGAGGCAGCGUCUGUUUUGCAGCUCGCUAUCGGCUUCAGCCUAUCUGCAGCAGCGCACGCAGAACCCGGCGGGGACCCAAUCUCGAACAUUGUAGACUUGGGGUAUUCUAAAUACCAGGGGACUGUUCUGCCGUUUGCAGUGACUCAGUUUCUCGGGAUACGAUAUGCGGCACCUCCGCUGGGAGAGCUGAGAUGGAGGGCUCCACAAGAUCCAGUCCCAGUCGCAGAGAUCCAAAGCGCAGAUCAAGUAAGCUGGCAUUCAUGCAUCUUGGGAGUUUUACUCACACCACAGAAGUUUCCGCCUAUUUGUAUCGGCCUGGGGGAGUCAGAGAAUCUAAACAAGACGGAAGACUGUCUUUUCGUCAACGUCUUUGCUCCGUCGAAUGCGACAACAAAGUCCAAACUCCCCGUCUGGGUUUAUAUCCAGGGCGGAGGCUUUGUGACCAACGCGAAUGCGAACUAUAACGCGACCAAGCUGGUGCUCGAGUCCCAGCACAGUAUUGUUUUGGUGAACUUCAACUAUCGUGUUGGACCCCUUGGGUUCCUCGCCAGUGAGCAAGUCCGGCAUAAUGGAGACUUGAACGUCGGCUUGCUCGACCAGCGCAAACUGCUUCGCUGGGUACAAAAGUACAUCCAUCUGUUCGGAGGAGAUCCAAGUCAUGUGGUGAUCCACGGUGCCUCUGCUGGGGCAGUCUCAGUAACCCACCAUCUCACGGCUUACGGCGGUCGCGACGAGGGACUGUUUGUGGGGGCAGUUGCGGAGUCGAUUGCAUGGACCCCUUCGUUGACGGUGGCCGAGUCAGAAAUUAACUUCGAAUCAUUCGCUGCUCAGCUCAACUGCUCGCGGUCAGACCCUGUGGCUUGUCUGCGAUCGCUUGAUGCAACCACAAUCCAAACCUUGGGCGGGGCUCCAGACGACUACCUCAUGUCGCUGCAGGCCAAACUACUAUUCCAGCCGGCCAUUGACGGCGAGAUCUUUCCAGACGCUCAUUAUACCAAUUUCUACCGAGGGAACUUCCUCGAUGUGCCGCUGAUCGUCGGCUACGACACCAACGAAGGCAGUCUGUUCGCUCCCAAUGCGUCCACACCCGAUGAGGUCGCAACCUUUGUGAAGGGCUGGUACGUCAAACUAAGCGAGGUCCAAGUCCAGCAGGUCGUCGACACCUAUCCGCCUAUAGAAUCAGUCCCCGGGCGUGCGGAGUACUUUUCAUCCGCCUCGAAGAUUUUCGCCGAGGGCAUAUUCCACUGUCCCACCACGUGGAUCUCUGAUAUGGCGGCGAUUUACUCUCGGAAGAAAGUCUGGGACUACCGCUACAACGUUCUUGAUGGCAUUGCCAUUGCAGCGGGACUUGGGGUUCCACAUACAUUCGAGACAGAGGCGAUCUUCGGGACUGGACAGGCAGAGAGCAUUAGGCCUGGCUUUGCAGGUGCUGGGGCCUCAUACAGCACGUACAACGCCGCAAUUGUCCCGGUAAUCCAAAACUAUCUCAUUAGUUUUGUGAAAACGCUCGAUCCAAACACUUACCGGGCAGCAGGCUCGCCAGUCUGGAAACCAUUUCAUAAACGCAGCGAUGUCCGCAUCAAAAUCCAAACAAACCGGACGGCAAUGGAAGCAAUUCCGAGGGAUCUGCGAGAAAGAUGUAAACUUUGGUAUAGUUUCGAGGACGGCAUAAGCUCCGGUGAAGAAUCAGGGUCAGGUGGAUAA